AUGGCUGGGAAAAUGACCCUGUAUAAGUUGGUCGUGUUGGGCGACGGAGGCGUCGGUAAAACUGCACUGACCAUCCAGCUCUGUUUAAAUCAUUUCGUGGAAACAUAUGAUCCCACCAUCGAAGACUCCUACCGAAAGCAAGUCGUCAUCGACCAGCAGUCAUGCAUGCUCGAGGUCUUGGACACUGCAGGACAGGAAGAGUACACCGCCCUGAGAGACCAAUGGAUUCGCGAUGGAGAGGGCUUUGUCCUCGUCUACAGCAUCACCUCGCGUGCCUCCUUCAGCCGCAUAACCAAGUUCUAUAAUCAGAUUCAAAUGGUGAAAGAGUCGGCCAAUUCGGGUUCGCCCACCGGCGCUAGUUAUCUAGGAUCACCCCUGGCAUCGUCCGUCGGCGGCGCUUCAGGCCCAGUGCCCGUGAUGCUGGUCGGCAAUAAGAGCGACAAAGCAGUCGAGCGAGCGGUCUCUGCACAAGAGGGUUCCGCCCUCGCCAAGGAGCUGGGAUGCGAAUUCGUCGAGGCAUCGGCCAAGAACUGUAUCAAUGUGGAAAAGGCCUUUUAUGACGUCGUGCGGCUGCUGCGACAACAGCGACAGCAACAUCAUGGGGGACGCCUCCAGGAACGAAGGACGACGGGAUUUUCAGGCCAGCACCGCGACCGGGACGCAAACCCGGAGUAUCCAAAGGGCUUUCGGACCGACCGCUCACGACCUCACCGAAGAGGGCUUUGUGUCAUUUUGUGA